GCCCCAUCCGCAGGCAGGAACUAAAACGCGAAAAAAGAAAGUAAUUCGGGGCACGGAAUAGGAAGUUUUGGGGAAGGGCGAUCGCCGACGCGGGCGGAGGAUCGCCCGGGAGCCCUCGAGAGCCCCUGCUCUGCUCUCCUUCCCGAGAAACUAAAGAAGUCAGCCUUCUCCAGCUGCUGCCUGUGCCUGCACCGCCAUGGCCUUGUUUAAGUUCUUCUGGAGCCUGAGAGCACCCCGCAGAUUCCUUCACCAAGCCAAGAGGUACCUGGCCUCUCCGAUCGCCUCUCACUACGAGGCCAUCAACCAGGGUGAAAAGGAAAUGCCCGAGUACUUCAAUUUUGCAAGCGACGUUAUGGACAAAUGGACAGAGUUGGAAAAGGAAGGAAAGAACCCUCAGAGGACAGUCUUCUGGUGGGUGAACAACCAGAAGGAAGAGGUGAAAUGGAGCCACGAGGAUUUGGGCGUCUUGUCCAGGAAAGCUGCCAACAUCCUCUCCGGUCCGUGCGGCUUACAAAGAGGCGACCGGGUCCUGAUGGUGCUGCCCAGGAUUCCUGCAUGGUGGUUGCUGGUUCUGGCUUGCACGCGGGCAGGCAUUGUUUUCAUUCCGGGGACAUCCCAGUUAACAGCUAAGGACAUUGCCUACAGGCUCCAGGCUUCCAAAGCCAAAUGUAUUGUGGUCAGCGAGACUUUGGCUCCCGGAGUGGACUCCAUUGCAUCGGAAUGCAAAUCCUUGAGAACCAAGCUCCUUGUGUCUGACAGAGGCCGAGACGGCUGGCUGAACUUCAAGGACCUCUUGCAAACUGCAUCUGCCAACCACAGCUGUGUGAAGACAAGGAGUGAAGACGUCCUGGCCAUGUACUUUACCAGUGGAACAACAGGGACUCCCAAAAUGGUAGCCCAUUCCCACUGCAGUUAUGGCAUUGGGUUGACAAUCUCUGGCAGAGUUUGCAUGCAGUUGAGCCCUUCAGCUAUACUGUGGAAUCUAUCGGAUCCGGGAUGGGUCAAAGCAGCCUGGAACUGUGUGUUUUCCCCAUGGAUGCGAGGGGCAUGCGUCUUCAUUCAUCAUCUCCCACAGUUUGAACCUACAGUCAUCCUAAAUACUCUUGCAAGUUAUCCCAUCACCACAUUUUGUGCGCCUCCUACUGGAUACCGUAUGUUGGUACAGCUUGAUCUUACGAGGUAUAAAUUCAUGAGCCUGAGCCUUUGUGUGACUGGAGGGGAGCCGCUUAACCCUGAAGUGUAUGAGAACUGGAAGAAGCAAACGGGGCUGGACAUCUAUGAAGGAUAUGGUCAAACGGAAACCGUUGCAAUAUGUGUGAAUAGGAAGGGAAUGAAAAUUAAGCCAGGAUCCAUGGGAAUGCCAAGUCCACCAUAUGAUGUUCAGAUUAUUGAUGAUCAAGGCAAUAUUCAGGGUCCGGGGAAAGAAGGAGACAUUGCUAUCAGAAUCAAACCCAAACGGCCAUUUCCUCUGUUCUCACAGUAUGUUGAUGAUCCUAAGAAGACGGCAGCCAGCGAGCGUGGGGAUUUUUAUAGCACUGGAGACAGGGGGUUUAAAGAUGAAGAUGGCUAUUUUUGGUUCAUUGGAAGGUCAGACGACGUCAUCAAUUCUUCUGGAUACCGCAUUGGCCCCUUCGAAGUGGAAAGCGCCUUGCAAGAACACCCGGCCGUUGUUGAAUCUGCUGUCGUCAGCAGCCCAGAUCCUGCCAGGGGCGAGGUGGUGAAAGCUUUUGUCGUCUUAUCUCCUGCCUUUUCAUCACAUGACCCAGAAAAAUUAAUCAAGGAACUCCAAGAUCAUGUGAAGAAAGCCACAGCUCCCUACAAGUAUCCUAGAAAGAUUGAGUUUGUCCAAGAACUACCAAAGACAGUUACGGGUAAAGUUCUGCGGAGUGUAUUAAGGAAACAAGAAUGGGAAAAGAUCUAACGUCAACAAAUACAUAAGUGCAUCUAUCUUCUAUGAGGGAAAACAUCCGAGGAAGCGCAGCGGGGAAUUAAACUCCCAACCUCUGGCUUUGCAAAUCUGAUAUGAAGUUACACCUUAGCAACUAUCAUAACAAUAGAUAAGCCAGCCAGUACUCAGACAUUUCCGCACAAUAUUAAAUACUGUCUAAUUGCUGAACAUUUUAUAUAAAUCCUGAGCGAAUGUGUCUUAUGCAGCAUCAUAAACAACUGUGUUCUAAAAUGCAGCCAAUAAACCCAUUGUCUCCUAUCUUGUCCUUUAAUUAUGUUAAUUCUAUGUAAACCUAUUCAAAAGUAAGCACCAAUUAGUUUAAUGGGAUUUACUCCCAGAUUGAGGUCUACAGCAAUAUAGCCAUCAUGAUCAGGAAUGGGGAAGCCUCCAGCAAUCCAACCAUCAUUUUAAAGACAGCAUAGAUGCUGAUCAGGGAUUUAUAAGCCAACAACAUCUGGACAGCUACAGAUUCUUCACCAUUAUUAUAGACUGUAUUCUGUACCCUCACAACCUCAGAAAUAAAUCAAUUAUUGAUGGCAGUCCAUCCAAAUUACCCAGAUUAUUGCUAAGGACUAUUCUUACUACCAUCCUGUUCCUCUGUAAAUUUUCCCAAUGUAAAUUUUGAUUUUCUUUUCCUUUCCACCUUUUGCUGGGGGUCUUCUGGCGAAAUGUUAUCGUGUUCUUAUAUAUUAUGGGAAACAACAUCAUUAAACUAAUUUUGAGCUUUCA